AAAGACUAUGGCAUGUCCAUCCAUUCGAUCGAAGCAACAGUGUAUUAGUCGAGGAUGCUGAAGGUGAGCGCUUCUGAGAAGAAGUACAUCGUUGAGGGCGUCGCCGCCGACGUGCGCGCAGACGGACGUGACCGCCUCUCGUACCGCAGCCUGUCGUUAGAGACAUCGCUGCUCGCGCAGUCCAACGGCUCAGCCCGCGCGUCACUGGAAGCGUCGGGUACUGACGUGCUGGCCUCCGUCAAGCUAGAGGUCGCCUCACCACUACCCGAGGCCCCCAACGCGGGCAUCGUCCAGGUCGCUGUUUCCUGCUGUCCGUCUGUCUCGGCCAAGCUCCAUGGACGAGCUGUGGAGGAGCUAAACGUGGAGCUGUCGCAGCUUAUGACGCGAUUGCUGUGCUCGUGCCCCAGUGCCGAACUUGAGAAGUACUGCAUCAUCCCGGGCGAGAGCGUCUGGUCCAUCAGCAUUGACGUGAUGGUGUUCGAGUCUAGCGGCAACCUGCCGGACGUCAUUUCCAUGGCUAUCUACGCGGCGCUCAACGACACGGUGUUCCCGUCGGUGCGGCUGGUUGGCGUGGAGGGCGAAGACAAGACCAUCGAGGUGGACACGGACCCUGCAGCUGGCAAGCUUAUGAUGGCGCAGCAGUGGCCCAUCUGCGUGACACUCAGUAAGAUCGGCGACUAUUUCAUCACUGACCCACUGCAAGAGGAGGAGCUGUGCACGACAGCGCAGAUGAGCGUGGCCGUCAACCCCGAGGGAAGCGUCUGCGGUGUCCAGAAGAGCGGCAACGGCGCCAUCGAGAUGGAGGAAAUGCAGCAGAUGAUCGAUGAGGCGUGCGCACGAUCGAAAGAGCUAUUUAAACUUCUACAGGAGGCUCUGCGCGAGCAGAGAGAUAGAGAUGCCAAGGCAGGGCACAGAGUGGAGCGGGUUGGCUUUCUUGGAUAAAGCAAAUGAAAAAUAGAGCUAAAGUGCCGAGUGGUAUCAUGUUGCAUGUUGUUACUGGCUAGAUAUUGCAAUUCUG